CCACAUUGAAAUAACUUUUAUUUUGAAGUGAGAAAAGGAACCCGGAAAUAGUGUUUACUGUGAGAAAGUGGAGGGUGGGGAUACAACUGCCCUUGUGUUCUGACAGGAUGGAUUCUAGUGGGAAACCCUCCACAGCCCAAGUCCUGCUAUUAACCACCAGCUCAGCACUGACUGCAGUCUUCUACUCUGUGUACAGGAGGAGGACAACAACAGUAGCAAGAUUAAAGGGAGCCAAGAAAGUGUCUAUUGAUCAGGAUCUGAAGAACAUCCUGACAGAAGCACCAGGAAAAUGUGUCCCGUACGCUGUGAUCGAAGGUGUUGUGAGAUCUGUGAAAGAAACCCUGAACAGCCAGUUUGUGGACAACUGCAAAGGGGUCAUCGAGAGGUUAACUCUAAAGGAGAAGAAGAUGGUGUGGAAUCGCACCACUCAUCUCUGGAACGAGAGUGAAAAGGUCAUCCACCAGCGCACCAACACGGUGCCCUUUGACCUGGCAUCCCACGACAUGGCCAUGGCCGCCACCAUCCGGGUCAUCCGUCCCCUGGACUCCUCGGAGCUAGACCUGGAGACCACAUACGAGAACUUUCACCCCACCGUCCAGUCCCUGACCAAUGUCAUCGGCCACUUCAUCAGCGGGGAGCGCCCUAAAGGUAUCCACGAGACUGAGGAGAUGUUGCGUCUGGGGGAGAGUGUGACCGGGGUCGGGGAGCUGGUGCUGGACAACAACCUGGUGAAGCUCCAGCCUCCCAAGCAGGGCCUGAGGUACUUCCUCAGCCGACUGAACUAUGACUCCCUGGUGGAGAAGCAACAGAGCAGCGUCAGAGUCUGGAGGGUCCUGACCGCGGUGUUUGGUGUGGUAGCUUCUACGACGCUCCUCUUCAUCCUGUGGAAGAAGUGGGUUUACCACAGACAGAGGAGGAAGGAGAAGAACGUCCUGGAGGAGUUCAAGGAGCAUCAGAGGAAGAGGAUGAGGAAGCUGAAUGUAGAGGAGGCUAGUGUUUCCCCUAGUGCCUGUACGGUGUGUCUGAGCCGGGAGCGUUGUUGUGUGUUCCUGGAGUGUGGGCAUGUCUGUGCCUGUGACCAAUGCUACCAGGCUCUUCCAGAGCCAAAGAAGUGCCCUAUCUGCAGGGCAACGAUAGAGAGGGUAGUACCGCUUUAUAACAGCUAAUGGACAAUGCCGUGGUGAUGGCAAUUGAAACUGGACUAAUCUAAAGGUGAGACAAAAGAGGAAAUGACAUCACUGUGUAAUCUGGGCUGGUGGAGAGACUGUCACUGAAAAUGUAACUGUGUAUUUGUUUGUUUUCUUUUUGUUUGAUUGUCUUUUUUUAUGUGACAAGAAAUGUACUGUGUAUAAUUUUAAGUGAUACUUGUAGCUUUAAAGUUUCCUUGAAAGAUCAAGCUUACUUGUGAUGCUGUGUCAUUAUGCAAAUGUUGAUUUGAGUUAUAUCAGUUGAGGAAAAGAUGUGUCCUUUUUCCAUAGAGAGUUGUAGAAUCAACUCAGUUGAAUGUCUUCACCUCAAUGUUUCUCCAAAGCACAUCAAAGCCAUUUUGAAUAAAGAAAGAAAGAAAGACACAAAACAAAUCCUCAACCUAUUUUGCAAAGUUGGAGUAUACUAACUAUCCACUCACAGUUAUGGAAAUAUCUAUGGCUGCCAGGAGAGGGUGAUGUCUGCCUUGCAUACAUGUUUUCAACAGGGAUAUUUUAUGGUUUGCAUAAGCCAUAGAAUUGGAUAUGAAGCAUCGAAAGUACAGAAAUAAAACAUGUGCAAGAUAGAAACAUUUUAUAAUUUAAGAAAGGUAUCAAGUAUGUCCCCCAAGUUACCCAACAAAGUGACUGAAUCAGUUAUUUCUCAUAAAAAGGAGAUGAAGCUGUAUACAAUUAUAUUUAAUUAUUGAUUCAUAAUGGGUUGACUAUUAGGGGAUGCCCAUUGAACCGCGAAGGUACAACAAAAAGCAACUUAACGAGCGUGUCGUGGUGAGACUGGUGGAUGCACCAGGAAAAUGUUACCUCAGUCGGUGACGUAUAUUUUCUGCCAAUUCUCGGGAAUGUUUUGCAUCGCUCUCCUUAUCAAGAUUUAGCCUAAUAUUUUACAACGGUGUCAUUUUAUUCUGUAAAUGUACUGUAUUCCAUCGAUACAUGGCCCGUUUAUUCGUAAAGAGGACAGAAAACUUUGGAUAAAUGCUUUUUAAUGUAAGCGAUAUUAUACGAUAUAAAUGUCAGUGUAUUAUGAUAUCAGGUCUUUCACCGGCGUCUUUCAGUAUCGAUUAUGGACUAAGUUUGUAUUGUGAAGACAUGUCGGGAGUAUUGCCUUUCAACGAGAAAUAUUAUGGUGCUGAUGGCGACGUGGGACAGGUCUCCAUCACGUGUCGCCUGCAGGAUACCAACAAUUUAUACUGUGCUGCACAGACUAAAAUCACCUAAACUCGGACAGAUUGGGAGAAGUAAACGAGGUGGAGACUAUUGUCAACAAAGGACGUUUUUAAAUAAUCAUUACAAUAAA